AAAAAUGGAACACACCAGCAGUGUGAGGAGACCUGAAAGUGGCACAUGGCAGAGUGUGGCGAUGGAGACAGCAGCAAUGGAGGGCCGUACAGGGACCCAUGAGAGACUCUGGACCUGGCAGCAGCAUGAGGAGGCGGUACAGGGGGCCCAUGGCAAGAUUACGGGCCUGGCAGCAGCAAUGGGAGGCCCGUAAAUCUGCCAGCACCCUAUGACAAAAAGGAACACACCAUCAGGUGUGAGGAGACCUGAAAGUGGCACAUGGCAGAGUGUGGCGAUGGAGACAGCAGCAAUGGGAGUCCGUACAGGGACCCAUGAGACACUCUGGGACCUGGCAGCAGCAUGA